CGUCAGAAAACUGAGGUGAAGUGGGAAAAGUUGAUCAUUCAGAAGGCAUUAUAAACACAACUGACGAGCCUCAUCAGGCUACGGGUAUACUUUUAUUUGAUGUGAUUGUCUUUGUGGGAACAUCACAAAGGAAUAACAAGUCGUCAGUAGCCUUGCUCAGGACUGAAUACACAGAAUCUCGUUUGAUAAAGUGAACUCACCAAUCGGCCAAGAUGUCGGAAAGAAAAGUCCUAAACAAAUACUACCCUCCGGAUUUUGAUCCGUCAGCCAUUCCCAAAAUGAGAUUUUCGAAGAAUCGGACAUUUAACAUCCGUAUUAUGUCACCGUUCAAUAUGAGGUGCAAUACGUGCGGUGGCUAUAUAUACAAAGGAAAGAAGUUCAAUUCAAGGAAAGAAAAUGUGGAUGAAGAAUUCUACUUGGGCCUACGGAUAUUUAGGUUUUACAUCAAGUGUCCCACCUGUGUGGCAGAAAUCGCAUUUAAGACUGACCUAAAAAACACCGACUACACCUUGGAGGCCGGAGCUACCCGGCUGUUUGAGGCCGAGAAACUCGCCAAGGAAAUGGCUGAGCGAGAGAUCAAGGAGAAGGAAGAGGAAGAACUGAAUAACCCAAUGAAGAUUCUUGAGAACAGAACGAAAGCAUCACGAAAUGAGAUAGAGACUAUAGACAUCCUAGGGGAACUGCGGGAAUUGAGUGCUCGUCAGGCAACUGUCAACACCGAGACCAUGCUGCUGCAGCAUCGGGAGUAUGAACAACAGCUGCAGAAACUUCAGGAUGAGGAGGAGGAAAAGGAGAUCAGGUCUAUAUUUGGAGAGAGGGAGGAUGGGCGGAUUUUGAAGAGGUUAAAAGACGACUCGGAUAGUGGUGAUGAUGAACCUAAAGCCAAGAAGAUAGUGUUUCCAGCCAAACCUACAGACCUGUUAUCUACAGAGACAUUUACCAGCGAGACUAAAAAACCUGAGAAAAAGCCUAUAGCUAGCUGGCAAAAAAGUGUUGGAGGUUUCUCAAGUAAAAGUGGUCUCAAGAACCUGGUGAAGAAAAAACAACCAAAUAAAUCUUGUGAUACGACAGUGACUACCGGACACUCAAAGACUGAAACUUCCGCUACAGAUACAAACUCAGUGUCUGUUACAGCCACCAAAACAAGUCUACCUCCACCACAACCGACCUCCAGGGGCGGCGAGGUCAGGAAAUCAAAUACAUAUACUGAAACCAAUGUACCAACAUCAUCUAGUCCACCCUCAUCAUCUGUUCCUGUGACAUCAGUACCAGUUGCCUCCUCUUCUCUUGGACUGCUAGGACUUGGUUACUCUGACAGCGACGACUCGGAGGAUUAACACUUGGUUACUCUGACAGCGACGACUUGGAGGAUUAACACUUGGUUACUCUGACCGUGACGACUUGGAGGAUUAACACUUGGUUACUCUGACAGGGACGACUCGGAGGAUUAACACUUGGUUACUCUGAGAGUUACGACUUGGAGGAUUAACACUUGGUUACUCUGACCGUGACGACUUGGAGGAUUAACACUUGGUUACUCUGACAGUGAAGACUUGGAGGAUUAACACUUGGUUACUCUGACAGCGACCACUCGGAGGAUUAACACUUGGUUACUCUGACAGUGACGACGACUCGGAAGAUUAACCCUUGGUUACUCUGACAGUGACGACUCGGAGGAUUAUCACUUGGUUACUCUGACAGUGACGACUCGGAGGAUUAUCACUUGGUUACUCUGACAGUGACGACUCGGAGGAUUAUCACUUGGUUACUCUGACAGUGACGACUCGGAGGAUUAUCACUUGGUUACUCUGACAGUGACGACUCGGAGGAUUAUCACUUGGUUACUCUGACAGUGACGACUCGGAGGAUUAUCACUUGGUUACUCUGACAGUGACGACUCGGAGGAUUAACCCUUGGUUACUCUGACAGCGACGACUCGGAGGAUUAACCCUUGGUUACUCUGACAGCGACGACUCGGAGGAUUAACCCUUGGUUUCUCUGACAGCGACGACUCGGAGGAUUAACACUUGGUUACUCUGACUGUGACGACUUGGAGGAUUAACACUUGGUUACUCUGACAGUGACGACGACUCGGAAGAUUAACCCUUGGUUACUCUGACAGUGACGACUCGGAGGAUUAACACUUGGUUACUCUGACAGUGACGACUCGGAGGAUUAACACUUAGUUACUCUGACAGUGACGACUCGUAAGGUUUAACACUUGGUUACUCUGACAGUGACGACUUGGAGGAUUAACACUUGGUUGCUCUGACAGUGACCACUCGGAGGAUUAACCCUUGGUUACUCUGACAGG